CCCCUGACGACAAACUCUGAACAGAGGUUUACUGGCUAAUUCGGUUGCUCUUGUUGAGAAUUUCAUACCUCUCGGUCGUACACCCUCUUUCCUUUCCUAGCGUUUUCCUGGCUUCUUGAUACUUCCUUCACUUUGAGUUUUGAUCUACCGUCUCGAUCUGAUUCGGUUUCUCUUCAAAGAUUCGCCGCUCCCUUUCUUCAAAGGAAAUUGUAAGUUUGUAACGAUGAAGAGUUCCAAGGGUAAGGGGGCUGCCAAGUACUCAAAGGAAUCUUUGAAGCCCGUGGAUGACAGUGAUUACAGGAAUAUCGUAGUGAUGUAUCAUGUAUAUUCAAUUUUUCAGAAAGGUUGGGAAGCGAAAAGCUGCUACAAAGGCUGACAAGAGUAGCAGUCAAAAGAAGCAAAGAGAUGCCAAGAAAGACCCCAAUAAACCAAAACGGCCUCCUAGUGCUUUCUUUGUGUUUCUUGAGGAGUUCAGGAAGGACUUCAAGAAAGAGCACCCUGAUGUUAAAGCUGUGUCAGCUGUCGGAAAAGCUGGAGGACAGCGGUGGAAAUCCAUGUCUGAUGCAGAAAAAGCUCCAUAUGAGGCCAAGGCUGCAAAAAGGAAAUCUGACUAUGAGAAGCUUAUGAAGGCUUAUAACAAGAAACAGGAGAGCACAGCAGAUGAAGAGAAUGAAGGGAAUGAUGAAGAGGAUGAAGCUAGUGCAGAGCAGGAGGAGGAAGAGGAGGAAGAUGACGAAGACGAGGACUGAAAUUCGAUACAUAUUGACUUGGGCUUAAUGGUUGAUCCAGUGUGAAAGGAUUGUGGAUUUUGUGUUCAUAGUUCAUACUACUAGUUCAGUUAUUUCUCUCUGAAAUAGAAGUAACUUUUUGCGCAGCUGCAACUGCUGCAUUAGUUUACUUGUCUAGCCAGCUGUAGCUUUUCAAUCUUUCAUUAGUUAAAUUAUGAGUGUUGGUUUA